AUGGAAGAUUUGAAAACUUCAAGUCCUUUGUUCCACAAGUCUUCUUUCAGCAUCAACAGCCUGUUGUUGAGACGAGAGGGGGUGAGGAGUGAUCAGGAGUCUCCUUCCACUUUACAGAAACUGCGCUCCGCUCACCCAGAGAAAUCCAGCAACGACGGAAAGUUUGUCAGUGACAAGAAAUGCGAUCAAUCAAAACAGUACACAAAGGUAGAAGCUAACCCAGUGGCUGCAAAUGGGAAACGAGAUGGGAAUCAGGGAGAAUCGAAGAAAAGCGGUGGAGCAGAAGACAACGUUAAACCUGAGAAACCUCCUUUCAGUUACAACGCGCUCAUCAUGAUGGCUAUCCGUCAAAGUCCGGAACGCCGGCUCACACUCAACGGCAUCUAUGAGUUUAUCAUGGACAACUUUCCAUACUACCGACAAAACAGACAGGGAUGGCAAAAUUCAAUCAGGCACAACCUGAGUCUGAAUAAGUGCUUCGUUAAAGUGCCGCGCCACUAUGAUGACCCGGGUAAAGGCAAUUAUUGGAUGCUGGACCCCUGCAGUGAGGAUGUGUUCAUAGGUGGAACAUCAGGGAAGCUUCGGCGCAGGGCCGCAGCUGGCUCCAGGGCCAAACUUGCUCUAAAACGUGGAGGGGGUCGUCUGAUGUCCUCCAGUACUGCAACCAGUGUGACUUUAGCCGCAACUGGCUCGUUUUACUGGCCGGUACCGCAGUUUCUGCCCCUCCAAACGCCGGUGCGCGCACACCUUAGCGCAGGAAAUUAUCUGAGUGCUCAUCCCCGCUUCUCCAACCACGCCGCAUCGCUUGUUUCACAGCGGUCCCGGCUGAGUGCAACAAGUAGUGCAGAUGCUGACCGGUUCGUGCAGCACCAGGAGAUGUCUUACAUUGGAGUCAGCUGCGCGCAAUCCCGUCGCCAUCAGAUAGGCAGUGCCUGCACCGCCUUCUCCACAUCCAUCCCUGCAUGCACCUUGCCGCUGUCGGAUCCGUGCGCUUUUAACAUGAUCUCGGGACAAGCCAGCUACUUUUAUUCGCACCAACUACCCUGCGCCGCUACGCUUAGUCCUUGCCAAGAGGAGUGUGCAACUACCAAGACGUCUCCGGGACUAUUCUUUUCCAAGAACUCUCAUUCAGACCUCGGGGGAUACUGUAAUGACUUUCCAAAUUACUGCCCUCAAGUCAGUUCAAGCCCUCCUUUACCUUGGAACAUAGAAAAAAUAGCUUAA